AUGAAAUCGCUCAGGUUGCCAGUUUCCGCCCUCUUCUGCUUCCUUGUAAUGAUUAAGGGGCUGGGAGGAGCGCCCCCCGGGCGCCUUGAGGUACAGUCACCUCCCCUCAGCUCCGAGCAUAAAGAAUCCGUAGCUGGGGUCGCAGUGCCCGGGCUGAAGGAUGGUGGUCGCACCCCAGAGGUCCGAGCCGCUCGAAAUUCAGAGCCGCAGGACGAGGGAGAGCUUUUCCAGGGUGUGGAUCCCCGGGCGCUGGCCGCAGUGCUGAUACAGGCACUGGACCGCCCGGCCUCGCCCCCGGCGCCCAGCGGCUCCCAGCUGAAGCCAGCGGAAGAAGCAGCAGAAGCUCUGUUAACCGAGACUGUGAAAAGCCAGACCCACAGCCUCCCAGCGCCAGAGACUCACGCGCCCGCGGCCCCGCCUCGCCCUCAGACUCAGGAGAACGGUCCCGAGGCGAGCGACCCCUCUGAGGAGCUGGAGACGCUGGCUGCCCUGCUCCAGGAACUGAGAGAUUUCAGUCCGAGCAAUGCCAAGCGCCAGCAGGAGACCGCAGCAGCAGAGACGGAAACUCGCACGCACACCCUGACCCGAGUCAACCUGGAGAGCCCCGGGCCCGAGCGCGUGUGGCGCGCUUCCUGGGGGGAGUUCCAGGCGCGCGUCCCGGAGCGCGCGCCCCUGCCACCCGCGGCUCCCCAGCAAUUCCAGGUCCACAUGCCCGAGAGCCGCCCUCUUCCCGAAGCCCACCAGUUCGGGGAAAAAGUGUCUUCCCCCAAAACACACCUAGGCGAGGGAUUGGCACCCCUGUCCAAGGCAUACCAAGGCCUGGGCACUCCCUUCCCCAAGGCGCGCCGGCCGGAGGGCUCACUCCUGAGCGGCUCCGAGGCGGGGGAGCGCCUUCUCCAGCAGGGGCUGGCACAGGUCGAGGCAGGGAGGCGGCAGGCGGAGGCCACCCGGCAGGCCGCGGCGCAAGAGGAGCGGCUGGCGGACCUGGCUUCGGACCUGCUCCUCCAGUAUCUGCUACAGGGUGGGGCCCGCCAACGCAGCCUGGGGGGUCGGGGGCUGCAGCCGGAGGUGCGGCAGAGCGAGCGGGGGGAGGAGGAGGUGGAGCAGGAGAGACGCGGCGGCGAGGAGCGGGUGGGGGAAGAGGACGCGGAGGCGGCGGAGGCAGAGGCGGAGGCGGAGGAGGCGGAGAGGGCGCGGCAGAACGCGUUACUGUUCGCCGAGGAGGAGGAGGACAGGGAAGCCGCCGCUGAGGACAAGCGCUCCCAGGAGGAGAUGCCCGGCCACCGUCGGCAGGACGCCGAGGGGGCAGAGGAGGGCGGAGAGGAGGAGGACGACGACGACGAGAUGGACCCACAGACCAUCGAUAGCCUCAUUGAGCUGUCCACCAAACUCCACCUGCCGGCGGAUGACGUGGUCAGCAUCAUCGAGGAGGUGGAGGAGAAGCGGAAGCGGAAGAAGAACGCCCCUCCCGAGCCCGUGCCUCCCCCACGGGCUGCCCCCGUGCCCACCCACAUCCGCUCCCCGCAGCCCCCGCCCCUCGCCCCCGCCCCCGCCCCCGUCCCGGUCCCCGCUGGAGACCAGCUGCAGGAUUGGAACGAGGUGCUCCCGCCUUGGGAUCGGGAGGAGGACGAGGUGUUUCCCCCGGGGCCCUACCACCCUUUUCCCAACUACAUCCGGCCGCGGACGCUGCAGCCGCCCGCUGCCUCGCGCCGCCGCCACUACCACCAUGCCCUCCUGCCACCUUCGCGCCACUACCCGGGCGGGGAGGCCCAGGCCCGGCGCGCGCAGGCGGAGGCAGAGGCGGAGGAGCGCCGGCUGCAGGAGCAGGAGGAGCUGGAGAAUUACAUCGAGCACGUGCUGCUUCAACGCCCGUGA